CGCAGGCGCACUCGUGGCCGCCGCGUCCGCCGCGUCCGGGGCUGACGUUCCCCAGCGGAGGCUGGGACAGAGGGGCUUACUGAUGGCCCCACUACCAGGGGCGGAGCUGGUCCAGAGGCCGCUGCAGCUCUACCGAUACCUGCUGCGCUGUUGCCAGCAGCUGCCCACCAAGGGCAUCCAGGAGCAUUACAAGCAUGCUGUCAGGCAGAGUUUCAGGGUUCAUUCAGAUGAAGACAAUCCUGAGAGAAUCCAGCAGAUCAUCAAAAGAGCCAUUGAAGAUGCCGACUGGAUCAUGACCAAAUAUAAAACCAAAACUGAGACUCCAGCGCCUAAAGAGUGAAGCCAUUGAAGCUGAAAGGCCUUGCUUCUCCUGGAACUCAGCAGCAGCAGCAGUUGGGGUAUAGCCAUUGUUCUCAUUAGCAGGAAAUCAUGGGUAGGAGAAGCUGGCAUUUGCUCAGACAGCUCUUCUCGCCAUGUGUGUGUCCCCAGUGUCCUUUAUGUUUGCUUUUUCAGCCGGUGAUGAUGUGAGGUUUGGGGAGAAUGUUGUUUCACUUUGUUCUGAAAGUGAUUCAUUUAUUCUGGACGUCAUUCUUUGAGAUCUAGAGUGGGUAGCCCCUUAGACAGCGGUCUGUACGUAGGAUGGCAUGGGUUUUAGAACCAGACGUCUGGAUUUGAAUCCCUGCUUAGCGGCUUUCAAGGGUGUUGCCUUCAAGCUCAGUUUCCUCCUUUAUGGAAAUUAAAUCCGAUGACGUUUAAGAGCUUAGUGAAAGACGCAACAUGGCGGUACCAGCAAAUGUCCCUCUGAGGAGGCCGUCUCUGCCGCUCCCUCCUCUGCUCCUGUGUGCUGUGCACGUCUCUCACACGCUUCAAGUCAGGUAGUUGUUUGGGGGCUUGUCCUGCCCCUGCUUGUUGCCCCAAGCCCCUGAGCCCUCUCAUCACAUGCUGCCCAGCAGUCUGCCAAGCAGUUGCCCUUCCUGAUGCCGUCCCUCCCCGAAGCCCUGGGCCUUGCCUUCGUGGAGUUUAUAACAUCCCUGGAGUGGUGAAAUGCAGGCUUCAUGACACAAGGAGGAAUGCUGAAGCAGCUACAGCAGACACCGGCGUGUUCCCGCAUCUGCGAACCUGCCAUCUGUCUUGUCUGGCCCUUCCCUGCCUUGCCAUCAUCUUGGAAGGAAGAAAGGAUGCAGGAAAGGGGGAAGCGAGAACUCACUGGAGAGUGACAGACCUGAGUCACAUCCCAAUUGUAUACUGGUUCCUCUUCGUAACUUACCUACUUCAGCCUCGGCUUCUAUCCAAUGGGGUAAUGACUAUACUUACCUCACAGGGCUGGGGCGAGAUGUCCUGAGCUCUCAUGCAUGCCAAGUGCACCACCCGGAUCCUGGCCUGGUUGCUGGCUGCUUGGCUGUUGCCAGUUAUCACUCUUAGGGCACCUGCUUUGCAGAUGGGGAGAAGGAAGUGCAGAGAAGCUGAGUCCCAUUUUAAGGUCACAAACCUGCUAAACCAGGUCUGUCUGAGUCUAUCAGACAUCACAGAUUUGGGAGGGAAAGGAGAGGAGCAGAGAAGGAGGGAAGAAAGAAAGAAAGGGAGGGAGGCAGGCAGAAGAAAAGAAGAAAGGAAGGAGAGAGAGUGGCAGGGAAGGAUCAGGGAAACUGGCCUGAAGAUAGAGAAGAUACCCCUGAGUGUCCCCCAAGGACAUGUGUUUGUGACCUUGCAAUUCUGUGACUUAAAGUGACUCAGAUAGAUCUAUAUGCGCUCAACUGAUCAUCAGAUAAUGAAGUAAAUGUUAUCAGUUUGUGAAAGCA